UUCCAAAUUAUUUGGUUUAUUUCCGUACCGUAGUUUGUGUUGUGACAAUGGGAGAACAGGAAGAUCAAAUAGACGAUAUGAGUAAUUCUGAGAUGAUGUUCGACAAUCUCACAAUCUUGAAGGAAUUUAGCAACAUCGUCGAUCUCGUGAGAAACGAAGAUUUUCUCGAAAUGGUUCCAAAGGCAAAGUUAAAACGAGUAAAAUGGAUGCCAAUGUUCAACUGUUUGAAGCGGGUAAUUUUGGACGAAAUGAUACAAGAGAUAAGUGAUAUGUGGAAAUAUGAAAACAUGCCGCAAAAACUGGAAAUGUUGGAAAAACAAAAAGAGAAAUUUAAUGAUGUAAACACAGAAAAUAAAUUGUGGAGGCCUCAGUUAGAUGACGUAAAGGCUCAGCUCAGAGCCCACAAUGUGGCAGAUUUACAAAGGCAAAAGAUUCUACUUGAAAGUCUUGCAAAGGAACAUGAAGCAAGACUUAACAGACUAAAGAAAACUCUCACUGCCAAGCGGGGCUACCUUAAAGCUUUACAAAUGGAUGUUCAGAAAUAUCAAAAGAAAAAUGAAGAAUUUGUUUUACAAAUUCAUGCAAAAAUUGAGAAUCAUAAAAAUUUAACCAAUGCUUUUAUACCCACAAAAUUAGAUAUUGAGAGUGUCAAAUGGAUUGAUGCAGAUUUGGAGAUAAUGAAUAAGUAAAUGUGAAUGAAUUAUUUGAAUAAAUUUAUAUUUCAGAAAAUUGUACACACCUGAGAAAAUACAAUCAAAUUAAUUUAAACUCAAAGACUCGAUUCUGUUAAUUACUAAGUGUAGAUGAAAAUAGAGAAUUAACAUUUUUAAGUGUAGAUAAGUGACACUGACAGUUAAAUACAAAUCUAAUCUUGCAUAUUAGUUACCAUCUAAUGUCUAUAAUAAUAACAAAAGAUUAGAAAAUCGUCGAAAUUUCAUAGCAAGACGAAGAAUAACAGCGAAAAAAUUUACGUAAAGUUCAUUUGUCACAAGCAAGAUGUGAAAAAAAACUUACAUAUUGUUCAUCAGUUGAAAUUGUCACAAAAAUAAUUAAAAACAUACAUACUACAAUGCUUUUAAUUGUA